GCGGGCCCAGCGCGGCGGGGGCGAUUGUGGUGGGUGGGCUUCUCCGCCUGUAGAGUCUCGUCGCGUCGCCGGCAUGUCGCGGAGCCCCAGCGAGGCCGCGGAGGAGCGGGAGUCGGCAGAAGAUAAUUCUCUUGCUCUGACCUAUGAUUCUGAUACAGAAACAACACUAAAGAAAAAAAUGUCUCGCAGGCCUGCAAAAUCAAGGUCUCCGUACACCUCUCACACCUGCCUCCAUUCUAAACGGACUGGAUUUCUGCGGACGUUUAAAAGCGCAGAGAGUAAACGCUUUGAGAGCCCCUUAGUGAAAGCCUCAAGGCAGUAUUGGCGUGGGUCUCUGAAGCAAGGUACCUGGAUGAGCCACUCCAAGUCCGACAUUGGCAUCAGAACUGCUUUCUCCCCUCUUGCCGGCAGCACACCUGAGUAUCUCAAGGAAGCUUUGGGGAUGAAGAAACCAAAACACGCUCGCUCUGCCAGCCGUGGCUACAUCCCUGGGACUCCAGACUAUAAGGAGAAGGAGGAUAUGUACGACGAGAUCAUCGAGCUAAAAAAGACAAUCCAAGCCCAGAAGUGCGAAGCGGAUCGGAUGAAAACCAAACUUCGGCGGGUGGAAGAAGACAACACGCGGAAGGACAAGCAAAUUGAGCACCUUUUGGAGCCCUUCAAAUAUUCUGAAUUUAGCUGGGUGCGGACAGAACAGAAAAAUGAGAACAGCUUGAUGAUAAACGGUUUGAAGCAGAAGAUUCUCAGGCUAGAACAGCAGUGCAAGGAGAAAGACAACACCAUUAACCAACUCCAGGCAGACACGAGGAAUACCGACGUGGAAGAAAUGACCAUCGCUCUGCGGACUUCCUACCAAGAGAUCCGGCGCCUCCAGAACCUGCUGACGCACUCAAAAGCCGUGCAACAGAAAACUUCUGAGCGUUCACCCCAGAAGGUGCUCAGCACGGUCGUCUUCCAGCUGUCCGAAAGGAUGAAGGAGCUGCAGGAGCAGAACGAAAGGCUGAAAGCAGAGAUGGACCACGCUCUGAGCAGCUUCCUCUCCUCCAGCCAAGCCAAAAAUUACGUUGCUCGCCAGAGGCAGAAACUGAUCCAGCUGAUUUCUACUGGGGAAAAAGAAAUGGAGGAUGGGUUGCGGCCUUCAGAGGCCAGCAGGGCGCUGUUGCUCUCUCCCACAGCUUCUGAAGAAGUGGAUCACUCGGUUGCUAAGGAAUCCGAUCUCCCAGAAGUGGGUGAAACUCACGGCAAGACGGUCCUUGCGGGGCUGAGAGACCAUAUUCUCGUCCUUCAGAACCAGCUGGCAGUUAAAGAGGCAGAAAUCCAGCAGCUCAGAGGGAAGUUGAGAGAACUGGAAGGAGACCACGAGGCCCCCUGCAGACAGGCUGGGAUUGAUGGGACACAACCUCCAAAUCAGGCUCCAGAUCCAUCUCCCGGGCUCUGCCCUUUGCCUGGAGUUGUUGACUGCAAAACAGGGGAGGAAGAGGAGGAGGAGGAAGAGGAGGAAGAGAAGACAGCAGCCGCGAGACUCGUUCGAUCUGAUGGUUUUAAUGGAGCAGCAACCCAGCCCGGCUUGUCCUUCAGGCUGAAUGUCCAUGGAGAUUCACAGCCUUCCAGGUGA